UGCUCGGCUGCUGCUGCUGCAUCUUCACUGCAGCCGCUCCAUCUCUGCUGUAAACACGACUCUAAUGCACCCGAGCCUCGUUUAUGAACUCUUACAUAUAAAUGUAUCGGUAGCUGAACUCAUGAAGACCCUUUAGUAGGAUGCAGUCCUGUCGAGCGGGUUUAAAUCAGCUGUGACAGACGAAGCCGAGUCUCCGGAGAGACUUCCUGUUGGAUUUGUUGCUGAGGUCAAAAUUUUCAAACUGGACGAAAUGGAUGAACAAAGUGUUGAGAGCAUCGCUGAGGUGUUUCGCUGCUUUAUUUGUAUGGAGAAGCUGAGGGAUGCUCGCCUCUGCCCACACUGCUCCAAACUCUGCUGCUUCAGCUGCAUACGGCGAUGGCUGACGGAGCAGAGGGCCCAGUGUCCACACUGUCGCGCUCCUCUGCAGCUGAGGGAGCUGGUGAACUGUCGCUGGGCUGAGGAGGUCACUCAGCAGCUGGACACUCUGCAGCUCUGCAGCCUCACCAAGCACGAAGACAACGACAAGGACAAAUGUGAGAACCACCACGAGAAGCUGAGUGUUUUCUGCUGGACCUGUAAAAAAUGCAUCUGUCACCAGUGUGCCCUGUGGGGAGGCAUGCAUGGUGGCCACACCUUCAAGCCUUUGGUGGAGAUUUACGAGCAGCAUGUGACCAAGGUGAAGGAGGAGGUGUCCAAGCUGCGCCGCCGCCUCAUGGAGCUUAUCAGUCUGGUGCAGGAAGUGGAGAAGAACGUUGAAGCCGUCAGGGGAGCGAAGGACGAACGAGUCAGAGAGAUCCGGAAUGCUGUGGAAAUGAUGAUCGCUCGUUUGGACAACCAGCUCAAGAACAAGCUCAUCACUCUCAUGGGCCAGAAGACGUCCUUGACCCAGGAGACGGAGCUGCUGGAGUCCCUGCUGCAGGAGGUGGAGCAUCAGCUCCACUCCUGCAGCAAGAGCGAACUCAUCUCAAAGAGCCCAGAGAUCCUGCUCAUGUUCCAGCAGGUCCACCGGAAACCCAUGCAGUCCUUCGUCACCACGCCGGUCCCCCCAGACUUCACCAGCGAGUUGGUUCCGGCGUACGACUCCAGCACAUUUGUUCUGGUCAACUUCAGCACCCUGAGGCAGCGAGCUGACCCAGUCUACAGUCCUCCACUUCAGAUAUCUGGCCUCUGCUGGAGACUCAAAGUUUACCCAGACGGUAAUGGCGUCGUCCGGGGAAACUAUCUCUCUGUGUUCCUGGAACUGUCUGCUGGGCUUCCAGAGACAUCCAAGUACGAGUACCGUGUUGAAAUGGUCCACCAGGCCUCCAGCGACCCGACCAAGAACAUCAUUCGGGAAUUUGCGUCUGACUUUGAGGUCGGGGAGUGCUGGGGCUACAACCGCUUCUUUAGACUGGACCUGUUGGCCAGCGAGGGCUACUUGAACAUGCAGACCGACACCUUGGUCCUCCGCUACCAGGUUCGAUCACCCACAUUCUUCCAGAAGUGCAGAGAUCAAUACUGGUACAUCAGCCAGCUGGAGUCGGCCCAAAGCGGCUACAUUCAGCAGAUCAACAAUCUCAAAGAGAGGCUGGCCAUCGAGUUGUUUCGUCGCCAGACGUCACGCAGCUCCUCGCCCCCGGACCUGAGGCUCGCUGCCGGCACCACAACUUCUGAAAGAGAUCUGCGCUCAGGGAAGAGCAGCAACGACAUCCAGAAUGCUUUGAGCAACACUAAGAAAGGAGGAGAAGAAGAAGAGAUGACACAACAUGAUGACUCCAAUGAGCUGUCAGACGGAGACUUGGAGGUGGACUGCCUGACGGAGGAGGAGGUGAACCCGUUGGACGGCAGCAGCACCUCAGGAAGCUCCACAGCUACGAGCAACACAGAGGAAAACGAUAUAGACGAGGAGACUAUGUCAGGGGAGAAUGAUGUGGAUUUCAUCGGGAACUUGGAGACAGAAGAAGGGGAACUUCCUGACGACCUGGUUGGAGCCACAGGUGGAUCCAGCUCCGGUGUGCGUUCCCUUCACCGCAGUGCUGCUGGCCGCGGCACCGGCUGUAGCGGAGCCGUUGGCGGCGGUGCCGUUGGGCCAGGCAGCAGCAGCUUGCUGGAGAUCGACCCGGUGAUUCUGAUCCAGCUGCUGGACCUGAAGGAGCGCAGCAGCGUGGAAUCUCUGUGGGGGCUCCAGCCGCGGCCCCCGGUCUCUCUACUGCACAGCCAAGCACACGCUCACUCGAGGAAAGAACGGGAGCGCCGGCCGCAGGUGGUGCGACGUUCAGCUCCAGACUCGGGCGUCCUGAUCCGCCUGAAGGCUCAGAUGGCGGAGGUACGCAGCAAGAUGUCUGACGUCAAGAGUCAAGUGCUGGAGGCUCGUGGGUCUGGAGAGCCCAGGCCCGGCCCGUCUGGCGCUUUUGGCAUGGAAGAGAUAUCGUCUCAUCGUGGCGAUUCAGAGAUGUCGGCCUGUUGCAAGUCCAGUGAGCUGGACCUGGUGGCGAGGGCGGCGGCAGCGCGGUCCAGACCCUGCCGCCCUGCCAGGAAGUCGUUGUCCCCAGUGCUGGACAGCAGCUGCUCCAUGGUGGUGAAGAGGAGGAGUCCCGAGGAGAUGGAGAAAGACCUGAGAGGAGGCGACUCUGCUACGGAGCAAAACCUACAUCCUAAAGACGGGCUGGGCGGUGCAGACGGAGCGCUGCAGGCCGACGGCAUCGCGGGUCCCCUCGUGUCUCUGGGCGGCUCGUCGUCGGACCAGUCCUCCAGCUCCAUGCAGCAGUACUUGGUGGAGCAGCAGCUGUACGGGGCCGCGGGAUCCAGAGACGACAUCUUUUCUUUGACAGGAGCGAGCUACGUGACUGCCAGCAAGAGCUGUGGCAGCAGGGCCCUGGGGGCAGCCAUGUUGGAGUGUGAGUCUGAGAGCUCAGGAAACUCCCAUCAGUCCUUGCUGGAGGGAACUUCUUCACAGCCACAGUCAAGCGAAGAUCCUUCAGCGUCCGUUCUGGUGGCAGCGACCAGCAGCGACAGCGACACGGAGGACGAAGCCCUGCAGAGCAGCAACUCUCGUUACGACAACCACACUCCUCCCUGCACAGGGGAGCCGCUUCUGUCUGACGACGUGAGCCUCCCUGCUGACAGGAGGCUGAGCGGUUGAAUCACGCGGAUGAUGAAACCGCUGCAGCGCUGAAGUCUGUGGGCUGAAGGUCUGAAACGAGCUGUAGAGUCCAGACUGAUGUUUUUACUUCAACAUCUGCUUGAACGUCACCGACUGUGAAUACGAGCGUCAGAGACCUUGUACAAUGCAGCCUUUGUACUGUACGACACAUUUCUUAUUUAUUUAAAGGGAGAGUUUUGGAGAUGGAUGAGAAGAUAUUCAUUCAUUGCAGUUAUUCCUCGACACAAUAUUGAUUUGAUAUGGUACAUCUGCUACGAUCUUUUUAUUCUAUUUUUCUUUUUUGUCCGUUAGCAGUUGUGCUGAAAUGACUUUCCAAUGAAAACUGCAUCAGAGGUUUGGAUUAAUACAAUAAAACUGUCAUUAAUUUGGGUGAAUUGACCCUUUUUGAGAGUGAUUUUAUUUCCUUUCUCUUUUUAUUUCUUUCUCCUGAGAACUUGACAGCAAACUUCAUAAAAGACGGUGCAAUUAUGUAACAUGUUUUGUGCAGCGCUGCUGGCUUUUCUUGAUGGAUUUAUCAUUUCACACCUCAGUGAUCCAAACAAACAGAGCAGACACAAAUUAAAGGUUGCUGCGGAACUUUGCACAUCACUUAGGAGAAAACACACAACACAUAUGCUCGUUCAGUAGCUGUAUGGACUUCUCUGCACUUUUGCCAGACUUUAAAAUCUGAAGUGGAGCCAUAUAUUUAACUUUGAAAGCCACUUAAUCUUAACAUGUUGCACACUUGUAAAGUCACGAGUUUACACUGUAAAUAGGCAUACUUGCUUGUGAGGCUUGCUGUGCACUAACCUGACAAAUGUUUUUCACCUCAACGAUCCAUUCCAUCGGUCCGUCACCGUUUAUUAACCUUCCCUUCAGUUUGUGUCAGAAGCUGCAUCGUUUGAAUGUUCCUUAAAUGCACCACGCAUUAUUGUUUGUGUACAUUUUCCUUUUUGUGGAAUAAAUAAAAAUGUUUUAAUGAAGCCUAAAAUAUCGGAUGUUCUCUCUGUGUGCUAUUAUUUAUUUAUAUUGUUUUAUGGCUCAGUUUACCCAGGACUAAAGCAUAAUUCUGGCAUUAUGAUGGAUUUUAUUUGACCUUUU